AAGGGAAGACAGCGCCUAUUGCCGAUGCAGACCGUCGUUAGUAUGCUGUUACGGCUUCAAUGCUUCAUUACAUGUGCUGUUAUGUGUCAAAAUUACUCAAAAAUUAUUUAUACAUUUUCACCCUCGACUCACUCUACAUACAGUAUCUAUCUAUCUAUCUAUCUAUCUAUCUAUCUAUCUAUCUAUCUAUCUAUCUAUCUAUCUAUCUAUCUAUCUAUCUAUCUAUCCCGUUACUUAGACAUUUUAGCGUCUCUUCGUCUUUCGCUGGUUCUGGUAACGCGUUUGGAGGCGGACCGGCUUUAGUUUCCACUCGGCACCAAUCGUGUCCUGGCGGCAGUAAAUAGGCUGACGAGUGACGCGGGCAGUAAGGGGAGGGCGUAUUUCUUUACUUCUACCUCAGUUUAGGGCUUUCCUCAGCGCUUGGGAUCUAAAUGGGACAAUGUUCCCACUGUGAUAUCUCAGGCAGAUUACUUAGAUGUUUUCUAAGAUAUUGACUAGCAUUCUAUCAUUGCUUACAUAUUUUAGUGUGUCGAAGCAACUGCGAACGUAGUACAGAACGAGAAGAUCCUCCUAUUUCAGUUCGCCGUAACGCGGCAGGGGUACAAACUUUGAGCUAUAAAAGCGCGUCUAACCUCCAGCAACCCUAAUUAACAGGUGAUUAUCAGCGCAAAUUUAUCAGGUUUGCUGUUUUCGGGGUGCCUUUUUUAUUGUUGUUUUUUUAUAAUACGAAAGUAAGCAUUUGAUGGAGCGGUGAUGUUGACGUUGCUAGCUGUACUGAGAACUUUCAGAAGUUGGCCAUUUUAGCUACAUGCACAAUAGCGUUGAAAUUGUGUGAGCUAAGCACUGACUUUGUGGCUUUUUUGGAAUUUGAAGUUAUGGUAAGGCAAACGAGAUGUUUUAUGGAUAUUGCAACAGGUCCUGAGCCACAGCCGAGACGCUUCUCUGCGGGAAAAUUGUCUCAGCGCUCAAGUAUGUUGGACGGUAUCAAAAUUGAAGACCGUUCUCUCCGGACGGGACCAGCCACUCUUGGAGUUAUGCUAGGCUCGGACUGCCAUCAGCAGGCGGUGUGUGAGGGUUGCCAGCGGCCCAUAGCCGACCGCUUCCUGAUGCGCGUCAACGAGUCGUCGUGGCACGAAGAGUGUUUGCAAUGCGCCGUAUGUCAGCAGCCGCUCACCACCAGCUGCUACUUCCGAGACAGAAAACUCUACUGCAAACAUGACUACCAACAAUUAUUUGCGACUAAAUGCAGUGGAUGCCUGGAGAAGAUAGCACCCACAGAGUUUGUGAUGCGGGCAUUAGAGUGUGUGUACCAUCUCAACUGCUUCUGCUGUUGUGUGUGCGAUCGACAGCUACGUAAAGGUGAUGAAUUUGUAUUGAAAGACGGUCAGCUGCUGUGCAAGAGUGACUAUGAAAAGGAGAAAGAUCUGCUUGGAUCUGUCAGCCCUGAUGACUCUGAUUCAGAGAAGAGCGAGGACGAGGAGCUGGAUAUCAAACCGGAGAAGUGCUCAGGAGGCCCUGGAAAAGGGGAUGAUGGGAAGGAUCCAAGGAGACCCAAACGACCACGUACCAUCCUCACCACGCAGCAGAGACGGGCGUUCAAGGCCUCGUUUGAGGUGUCCUCAAAACCCUGCCGGAAGGUGAGAGAAACCCUGGCUGCUGAAACAGGCCUGAGUGUACGUGUGGUUCAAGUGUGGUUCCAGAACCAAAGAGCCAAGAUGAAGAAGUUGGCCCGAAGACAGCAGCAGCAACAGGAGCAGCAGAACUCUCAAAGGCUAGGCCAAGAGGUGAUGUCCAAUAGGAUGGAGAACAUGAUGAACUCCUACACACCACUGGCUUCUGCACAACAGCAGAUGGUUGCCAUGGAAAAUGGCUACACUGCUGAUGCCUUCCAACAAGGCCUCACCCCACCUCAGAUGCCUGGUGACCACAUGAACCCAUACGGAAAUGACUCCAUAUUCCAUGACAUCGACAGCGACACCUCCUUGACCAGCCUUAGUGACUGCUUCAUGGCUUCUUCAGAAGCAGGCUCACUGCAGGCACGUGUGGGAAACCCCAUUGACCGACUUUACUCCAUGCAGAGCUCUUAUUUUGCAUCAUGAAUGCCAGCAUGGACAGGGACAACCAAAUGUGGGUUCACUUACUGCAACCCACUGCUCCCUUUAUUACAUGCCUCGGAAUCAAGAACUCUCAGCAAAGACUUCUACAAUGAAUAGGCCAAAAAAGGGCCCAGGAAAUAAAAAUCAUAGAACUUGAAAACAAGCGUCCUUGAUAUUCAGUAGUGAAAAAUGCAGCUCAGGAACAUCUGGUAUUCUGAGGCUGACAGACUUUUUCUAGAUAUGUUUGUAUAAUACUUUCACAAAAGUAGCACGAUUUGUCAACAUCCACCUACAGCAGAAAAGAUGUACAGUUAAAAGCCCUGAAGCCACAAACCUCAGUACACCGCAUCCUGCCAAGGAAGCUGAAGAUCAAGACAUAAAUCUCACAAUGCAUGAAGUCAUAUUCUUAGCGAACAUGGCAUUGAAAAAGAAAAUCUUUAGAAAAUAGCUGAAAAAAUCUUGUGUUGUUGAGAUGUUUAAAAUGUGAUGUUUGGACUCAUAUUUUUUGUUAUGUUCAGCAUUGCAUUUUUAUCACUUUAAUAGGUUUAGCUAUGAAAGUGGAUUUAGAAUAUGUAGCUGGAAGAGGAAUGUAUAGUGUAAGCGUACAUGCUUGUGUGUGUGCGUGUGCGCGUGUGUGUGUGUGUGUGUGUGUGUGAGAAAAAAGAGAGAAUGUGUGAGCAUUUGAUGUAGUCACCUCUUUGUAUGUGUGUUGUGAUUAAGCGUGUUCUAGUUUGAGAGACAGUAAGAGACAGACAGCAAAAGCUCUAUAUUUGUGUAAAUAUAUGUUUCCCGAACAAAUCAGCUGUGCAUGUUCAAAUGGAGAACAUUCUAUUUAUUUAACUAAACCAUGCUCUUGAAUUUACUUAUGUAACUGAAAAGCUUUAUUUCAAAAGGAGAAAACCUCAUCAAAUAGUUCAAGCAUAAUAAUCACAGCUCAUGUGUAUAUCAUUUAAAAAUUAAAUAUACCCCCAUCUUCAGCUUAGAUGUACAUCAGCAAAUGUGUGCUAUUUAUUUGUUACAAGCCCAAAACUGGGGCUUCUCAAUCAUCCCUGGGGACCCACUGACUUGGUAUAAGGAUUUCCUAACCUGUUUCAGCUGAUUGUUAAGCCCUUCAUCAGCUGGAUCAGGUGUGUUGGCACAGAGGAAAUGCUGGGACACUGUGCAGUUUAGUUGGUUCCCAAAAUGGAAGCUGAGAAACCCUGCCCAAAAACUUUGACAAAAUGCAUUUCCAAAUGUGAACACUGCUAAAUUACCAAAGUUUGUUGGUACAAUGAAUAAACUAUGUUUCUCCUGA